AUGUCUGCUUUCUCAUCUUCCGCAGCGCCGAGGGCGAUAUCCCGCGCAUUGCGCUCAUCACGACCUUCACCGCGCUGGACUCGCCAGCUUAGCACACAAAUCGCGAGAAGAUCACCGUCCUUGAGUACCAAGGGCCACAUCAACUCCUCCUCGCGACCGGUCCUGCGCCAUCCUCGAGCCCUACCAAACUGGGCCAUCGGCGGUUGCCGCAGCAUCUUCAUCCAGACCGAAAACACGCCCAACCCAGACGCUCUCAAGUUUCUCCCCAACCACCGCGUCGUCCCCGAAGAGAUCAACACUCCAUUCGUCGAAUACCUCAACCCCCGAUCGACCAUCUCGCCACCCUACCCAUCACCACUGGCCGCCAAGCUUAUGAACAUUGAUGGCAUUACAUCCGUCUUCUACGGUGCAGACUUCAUCACAGUCACCAAGGCGGGGGAUGCGAACUGGGCACAUGUCCGUCCUGAGAUAUUUGCCUUGAUUACGGAGGCGAUUACCUCGGGCGAGACUAUUGUCAAUGUUGCGGAACGCAAGGAGGGUGACGAGGGUUUAGAAGAGGAUAGCUUGGCAUACAACGAGAACGACAGCGAGGUUGUUGGUAUGAUUAAGGAGUUGUUGGAGACGAGAAUCAGACCUGCUAUCCAAGAAGAUGGCGGCGAUAUUGAGUACAGGGGAUUUGAUGACGGAUACGUUCAGUUGAAGUUGCGUGGGGCGUGCCGAACUUGUGACUCCAGCACAGUUACGCUUAAGAAUGGUAUUGAGGGCAUGUUGAUGCACUAUAUUGAAGAAGUCAAGGGCGUUCAUCAAAUUCUAGAUCAAGAGGAAGAAGUCUCCUUGCAAGAGUUUGCCAAGUUUGAAGAAAAGCUGAAGCAACAAAAAGCUGCAUAG